AUGUGGAAAUUCGUCGUCACUGGAAUGCUGGCCAUGGCUUCGGCCGUCAGCGCCGCCUACCCCAACCCCGGUCCUGUCACUGGCGCUACUCGCGUUCACGAUCCCACUGUCGUCAAGAUGCCCCAAGGAGGAUACUUGAUGGCUCACACCGGAGACUAUGUCACACUCAAGACUUCCACCGACCGAACUGCCUGGAAGGAAGCUGGCGCUGCUUUCCCCAACGGCGCACCAUGGACAACACAGUACACCAAGGGCGAGAAGAACCUCUGGGCGCCUGAUAUUUCCUACCACAAUGGCCAGUACUACAUGUACUACUCUGCCUCUUCGUUUGGUCAGCGCACUUCUGCCAUUUUCCUCGCCACCAGCAAGACUGGCGCUUCAGGUUCUUGGACGAACCAGGGCGUUGUCAUUGAGUCAAACAACAACAACGACUACAACGCCAUCGACGGUAACCUCUUCGUCGACGGUGAUGGAAAGUGGUGGCUCUCUUUCGGAUCUUUCUGGUCCGGCAUCAAGAUGAUUCAGCUCGAUCCCAACACCGGUAAGCGCACCGGAACCGCGUUUUACUCUCUUGCCAAGCGCGAUUCCUCUGUCGAAGGUGCCGUCGAAGCUCCUUUUAUCACCAAGAAGGGCAACUUCUACUACCUCUGGGUCUCCUUCGACAAGUGCUGCCAAGGUGCCGCCAGCACCUACCGCGUCAUGGUUGGUCGAUCAAGCAGCGUUACUGGUCCUUUCGUCGACAAGGCCGGCAAGCAGAUGAUGCAGGGUGGUGGUACUGAGAUCAUGGCUAGCCACGGCAACAUCCACGGUCCUGGCCACAACGCUGUUUUCACUGAUGUCGACGCUGAUGUUCUUGUUUACCACUACUACGAUAACGCUGGAACUGCUCUCCUCGGUAUCAACCUUCUCCGAUACGACAAUGGCUGGCCUGUUGCUUACUAG